AUGGCUGAACGCGCUGCUCCCCUCCGUCUGGGCUCUACUGCCCCUGACUUCGACGCCGACACCUCCAACGGCCCUAUCAACUUCCACAAGUUCAUUGGCGACAAGUGGACCAUCCUCUUCUCCCACCCCGAUGACUUCACUCCCAUCUGUACCACUGAGCUCGGUGCUUUCGCCAAGCUCGAGCCCGAGUUCACUGCUCGUGGUGUCCAGCUCAUUGGCCUGAGCGCCAACAACACCGAUUCCCACCAUGCCUGGAUCAAGGAUAUCGAUGAGGUCUCCGGCUCCCAGCUCAAGUUCCCCAUCAUCUCCGACCCCGAGCGCAAGGUCGCCUAUGCGUACGACAUGGUCGACUUCCAGGACACCACCAACGUCGACUCCAAGGGUAUGGCUCUGACCAUCCGCUCCGUUUUCAUCAUCGACCCCGCCAAGAAGAUCCGUCUGAUCAUGACCUACCCCGCCUCCACUGGCCGUAACACCGCCGAAGUUCUCCGUGUUGUUGAUGCUCUCCAGCGCACCGAGAAGUACGGUGUUACUUGCCCCAUCAACUGGCUCCCCGGCGAUGACAAUGUGCUUCCUCCUCCCAUGAAGACUGAGGACGCCGAGGCCAAGUUCGGUGAAGUCCGUACGGUCAAGCCUUACCUUCGCUUCGUCAACAUCAAGGAGUAA